UACAAAAAUAAUAGACAAACUUCUUGUAUUCGUAAUUUCCUCUGGUAGUAAAAGCUUGUCUCCAACGUCUCCAAGUUGGAAACUGAUUUCACGCAACUUGUUUAUCAUGGUCAGUUCAACAUUUCACGGCCAAUGUGUGUAGUUCCUGUAUCUCACACUUCACUUUACGCACUCCCAUCUACGCACAAUAACUGGAAGGGGAAUUUUAUAAUUCUUCUACGAGUAUCUAGUUAAUAAAGUGCGUAACAGUAAUUAAACAGACAAUUACUUUAAAAAGACAACUAUAUAUUCAGUUUAUGUGAAAAUUUGACAACUUGUGCAUCGUAUCAUGGAGAGUUCAUCAAACUUGUUUGAAGUUCGUGAUGAUAUUUUACAACUUGUUCUGAAUGAAUUAAAUUAUUCUUCGAUAAAUUCUUUUCACGAGGACGUUAGAAAAAUUAGAGAAUGGAUGAUGAAACAACCACAUUUACCAGAAGUAAUGGCCGACAAAAAAAUUGAAAACUUUCUUAUAUUAAACAAAGGCAGCGUCGAAAGAUGUAAGGAAAAAAUAGAGAAUUACUACAGUGUAAGAACCCACUUAACUGAAAUAUUUGAAAAUAUUAAUCCCAAAUUACCUUACAUGGACUACACGUUGAAGGCAAUGUAUUUGGUUCCUCUUCCUAAGCUUACAAAGAACAUGUAUAGAGUAUUUUAUCAUAAAAUACGCGAUGCACCCUUAACGGCAAACUUUGAUUAUAAUUACGCUGUCCGUCUUGUAGUAAAUAUACAAGAACUUCGUUUGACUGAAGAUGUUGCAUAUGGCGAUGUCUUUAUAAUAGACGGUCAAAAUACUCCCCCAAGUCUUGUGUUCAAAGUUAAACUAACAACUCUAUACAACGCAUUAGUCGUUAUAUACAAGAAGGUUUUCUCGAAUCGAAUGAAAGCACUUUAUCUAAUUAACGCUCCUUCUUCAGUAGAAUGGAUUCUAACUGUUAUUAAGAGCGUGAUAAAACCUAAACUAUUCGAGCGAAUACAUGUAUGUGAAAAUUGGAAUACUGUCUUUGAACAGAUAGGCGAGGAAAUUCUACCGAGAGACUGUGGAGGUAAAGAAAAAUCUUUGGAAGAAUUACAAGAUACCCUCCGACAAGAGUUUAAUAAACACCAGGAGUACUUUAAUCAACUAGACGCCCUUCGUGUCAACGAAGAACUGAGACCACAAAGACUUAAAAACAGCAAUAUGUUCGGGUUUUCUGGAAAUUUUAAAAAAUUAGAUAUUGAUUAAAAUUUUGACAUAUGACCUUUGUCCAGUAAAAAUAUAAAUUGAUAUUAAUUUUUCUAAUACAGAAUAAACAGUGAUCUACCGUCACCAUCGAAAAGACAGACAUAAUAAACUGAUGAAAACACUGAUUCUUUCGAUCUUAUUGUUGAAAGUCAAUUCAAAGUUCGUAUUGUUAACCGGGGUUAACGACAUUCUCUUGAGAUCGUUUUUUUUUUUUACAAAAUUUUCAUAUAACAACUUAUAGCUUGUAUAAUUAAAGAAAUCAUGUGAAUUAAACUACUCUCAAACGCUAAAAGGCAAACUCGGUGCAGAUUAUGUAUUGUAUGUCAGUAAUUAUGUACUUGAUAAAUGUAACUAAUUUUCAGUGUUUAAUGCAUUCAUUAACAAAGUUCAUUAAAUUUUAUCACACGAAUAUUGAAUAAGCUAAUA